CCACCGCCUCAUUGCUCUCUCUCUCUCAACCUCCUCCGAUUUCACGUCGGUGGAUCUUCGUUCGUCAAUGAUUGGCUUCUCGCCGAUUCGAUUCUCGCGGCUCCUUAAUCGUCUCUGAGUUGAUAUAGUGAAUGAUGGAUGAAAGCUCAGUGGGUGAUGUGAGUAGCAGUAUCAAUGAAGCCGAAGCUGCGCACAUUCAUUUCAAAAAUGGUCAGCAAUCUCUUAAACCCGACGAAAUCCAGGAAACAAAACAAGUUCAAGCUGAGGUUCAGAGGGAUGAUCCCGGUUCUCCCGAUAGCUCCUUUGGCGUGAUAGCAGAAUUUCUAGAUGGAAAGAAUUUGAAUGAGACGGAGAAUGAACCGUGUUCUAGCCGCCGACAGAACGCAAAUGAUGUGAGUGACGUGGUUGAGGAGUUGACUGUUAAAACCUGUGAUGGGUCGAGCAUUGCUAUAGUUGGUAGUUCAAGUAGUAGAGCAGCUAGAUUAGAGAUCAAUCGCUUUCCUCUAGAUGGGGGUUUACCUAGUAGCACUUCUAUGAGUAAGAUGGAAGGUGACAAAGGAACUCCGAGUAUCUUGAGGAAUGCAGGCAAGUCUUCAACUGGUGUUGAUCAGCUUGCCAUUGCUGUUAAUGCUGAAGCUAAUGUUGAACGGAACCCUGUACUGGGAGAGGCAUUGGCCCAUGGAGGCAUCAAGACAAAGAUGUUGUCGCAGUCUGGUUUUUCUCAGUUUUUUGUUAAGAAAACGUUGAAGGGAAAGGGAGUCACUUUCAGGGGACCGCCACAUAGUAGAUCUAAAGCUAGUAAUAUGGAUCAGCAAAAUGUAACUAGUUCUGGUAGCCCUUUAGUAAUACCGAAUAGUACUCCAGCAAAGGUUUCGGGCAACACUCCUUUGGCGGUGGAGGCUUGUGAUGUUUUGCCUUACUUGCCUCUUAAAGGCGGUAAUCCUUCCUCUUGUACUAACCCUUCAGAUGGUGGUUGUGGAGGUGAGGGUUUAAGUCUGAGAGACUGGUUGAAGUCAGAGCGUCACGAAGUUAAUAAAGCUGAAUGUUUGCGUAUCUUUAGGCAGAUCGUGGAGCAUGUGGAUGAUUCUCAUUCCCAAGGAGUUGUUUUAUGUGACCUACGGCCAUCUUUGUUUAAAAUUCCUAAGGAAAACGAAGUCAAGUAUGUUGGUUCAGGUUUUCAGCAAGCGUCUUCUGACAGUAACAUGAACAAAACUGUAAGUCAACUCGAGAGACCUCUGGUUAGAAGGCGGUUAGGAGAUACAGGAUUUGCUUCUAGUCCUGGCGUCCCUGCAAAGAAGCAGAAGUCAAGUGGACCAAGCUCCAGACAGUGGCCUAUGUUUCAACGAGCUGGCAACGUCAAUAUCCAAACUGAAAAUGAUGUUGGCGCAACACAGGAGCUUGGUCUAAGAUCGAGUCAACCUCAGUGUAGUCCAUCUGCCCGUUCUUUUACGUCAAUGACUGAGCAGUUGGAGGAGAAAUGGUAUGCAAGUCCUGAGGAGCUCAGGGGUGAGGCCCGUUCAGUCUCUUCAAACAUCUAUAGUAUGGGUAUCCUUCUUUUCGAGCUGCUUAGUGAAUUUCAAAGUGAAAGAGCUCGUGAGGCUGCAAUGUUUGAUAUCCGUCACCGGAUUCUUCCUCCCAAGUUUCUGUCGGAGAAUCCAAAGGAAGCUGGGUUCUGUCUCUGGUUACUUCAUCCAGAGCCUUCAUGCCGACCAUCAACCAGGGAUAUCUUGCAGUCUGAAGUGGUUAAUGGAAUUCCAAAUUUGUAUGCUGAAGGCUUGUCUUUAGCUAUUGAACAAGAGGACACAGACUCUGAACUGUUACAGCAUUUCCUCGUUUUGUCCCAAGAGCAAAGGCAGAAGCAUGCAGGAAAGUUGAUGGAAGAAAUUGGGUCUUUAGAAGCUGAUAUUGAAGAAAUUGUCAAGAGACGCUGUGCCAUAAGGCCUCUGUCUGUGGGAGAAGCUUCUAGCUCGUUACCUGCUUCAAAUACACCUGAAAUGAGACUGGUCACGAACAUUAAACAGCUUGAAAGUGCUUAUUUCGGAGCAAGGAUAGAUGCACGUCUCCCUGAAGCACGUUAUAGGUUACGCCCGGAUAGAGAUCUGCUAAGAAACCGUGAUGAGAAUGUUAUAUCAGAACAAGAAAAUAGUGAGACGUGGAGCUCAGAUGAUCGUGUUGGAGCGUUCUUUGAUGGAUUAUGCAAAUAUGCUCGAUAUAGCAAGUUUGAAACUCGAGGUGUUCUGAGAACCGGGGAGUUGAACAACACUUCAAAUGUGAUUUGUUCUCUGGGUUUUGAUCGGGACGAAGAUUAUUUUGCCACGGCUGGUGUGUCAAAGAAAAUCAAGAUAUUUGAGUUCAAUUCCCUAUUCAACGAAUCUGUGGACAUUCAUUAUCCAGCCGUUGAAAUGUCAAAUAGAUCAAAGCUUAGCGGCGUUUGCUGGAACAACUAUAUCAGGAACUACUUAGCUUCCUCCGAUUAUGAUGGGAUCAUCAAGUUAUGGGAUGUGACAACAGGACAGGCCAUUUCACAUUUUAUAGAGCACGAGAAGAGGGCUUGGUCUGUUGAUUUCUCUGAAGCGUGUCCGACAAAAUUAGCCAGUGGAAGCGAUGAUUGUUCUGUGAAGCUGUGGAACAUCAAUGAGAGGAACUGCUUAGGAACAAUCAGGAACAUUGCAAACGUUUGUUGCGUGCAGUUUUCUCCACAGUCCUCUCAUCUGCUAGCCUUUGGAUCAUCAGAUUUCAGAACAUACUGCUACGAUCUACGGAAUUUAAGAACUCCUUGGUGCAUACUGUCAGGACACAACAAAGCAGUUAGCUACGCAAAAUUCUUGGAUAGUGAAACCCUCGUCACGGCGUCAACUGAUAACACGUUAAAGCUUUGGGAUCUUAAGAAAACUACUCACGGUGGCCUCUCCACAAAUGCUUGCAGCUUAACUUUUGGUGGCCAUACAAACGAGAAGAACUUUGUUGGUUUGUCUACUGCCGAUGGAUAUAUAGCUUGUGGCUCUGAGACAAAUGAGGUAUAUGCAUAUCACCGGUCUCUUCCAAUGCCCAUUACCUCGUACAAGUUCGGUUCGAUUGAUCCUAUAUCAGGAAAGGAGAUUGAGGAAGACAACAACCUAUUUGUUUCAAGCGUUUGCUGGAGAAAAAGAUCGAAUAUGGUUGUUUCAGCUAGCUCAAAUGGGUCUAUUAAAGUUCUACAGCUGGUUUGAAAUCAAUACAAACAGAAAAAGCCGGUGUACAUCUUAUUUACCUUGGUUUAGGGUAAAACAAAGAACCAUCAAGCCAAGACUCAGACAAAAAGGUUGAGAUGAUGAACAAAGCUUUCAACACAGAAGAGAGAUGAUCAGUAAUUCAAUCUAAUGUACAGUGUUGAUUAGUAGCUGCGGUUUGGGUAAUACAGGUGAUGAGGAUACGUAGUAAGAGAAUCAGACCAUCAUCCACUUUUGUUUUUGAUGUGUAUAUACAUAAGCCCUGUUCGGAGAAUAGACGCUGCGACUACAGCAAAUUAAACGACGCGGAGGAUGUUGUUAGCUUAAAAAGCGUUGCCAUAGCAGUGAAAAAAAUCACCGGAAUGAGACGCAACUGGCGCGCGACUGACGCUGAAAUUUUAAGCGAUCAGUUAUCGUUCGGAAACUGCCGCUGCGUCUAUUGUUAUUAACUCAGCGUGUCAUUAUAUUCCGAUCUCUUGUUCGUACAGCAUCAGAAAUAGAGAGCUAAAAAGAGACUCUGACGCUAGACGCAGCGUUUACCAAAAGAACAGGGCUAUAGUUGAUAUGAGCUUUUAUCCUAAAGAUGAAGAUCUUCAAAGUCUUUCUUUUUUUUUAUUCUAAAAUACUUAUUUUAUUAUUUUCGUAAUUGUCUUUUCUUGCGGUUUUUGCUCAGUUUUAUUGCAUCUCGUGUUACUGACAAAAGUGCAAAGACUCAGUAAGGGUAAAUAUUUUAUACAAAUGUUUGUUUCUG